CGCGUUGUCGCGAGCACACAUGAUGUGAGGUCUUUUUGGCCCGGUUAUAUCGCUGGUUACUUACAGUUUAAAGUUAGCGCCGAACUAGUGUGUCAGCUGCAUAAUUGAAAUCAAGAUAUGGAUCUGCUAUUGAUACUCUUCGGAUUUUUUGUACAUUUAGACGGAAUCCCAGUGUCCGAGAAUCUUUAUUGGGAUUUGAUACCAUAUUUUGUUAACUCCACAAAAAAAGAAUACGUCACCAAUGUUGGACAAACGGCGUAUUUACAUUGCCGAGUGGGCAAUCUAGGAGACAGGGCCGUUUCUUGGAUACGUAAACGCGACUUACAUAUAUUGACUGUGGGAAUUUUAACGUAUACAAAUGAUCAACGAUUUCAAUCUAUCCAUACGGAGGGGUCUGAAGAAUGGAUUUUGAAAGUGACAUCGCCGCAGAUUAGGGACAACGGAAUAUACGAGUGCCAGAUCAGUACGGAACCUAAAAUGAGCCAGGGAUUUCUCCUCAAUGUUGUAGUAUCCAGAGCGACUAUACUUGGAAAUGCGGAGUUGCACGUCAGAUCCGGGAGCGACAUCAACUUGACUUGCACCGUAACUUAUACACCUGACCCACCCAACUUCAUAUAUUGGUAUAGGAAAGGUAAUUUAAUUAGUUAUUCGGAAAGAGGUGGAAUAAACGUGGUUACAGAGCAACAGACCCGUACGAGCAGAUUACUCAUUUCUAGAGCUUGUCCAGAGGACAGUGGCAUUUACACGUGUUCUCCCUCAAUUGGGGAGCCAGCGAAUGUGUUUGUGCACGUUCUAGUUGGAGAAGAACCGGCGGCGAUGCAACAUGGCGCAGCUGAUAGGACUAGUACAGUUCCACUUAAUUCAAAUUUAUUUUUUUGGCUAAGGUCAAUGUUUAUUAGUUGCUUGUUGCAAUCAGAAAUUAUUAAUUUGGUUGCUUAA